AGGCUCGGCGGCUCAAGCUCGGACGCCCGCGGCCGCUGCAGCGGGCGCCGCGAGACCAGGCGAUGCAGUCAUCGGCGGUGGUGUGGUCUGACUGCUUAGAUGCCGCCAGGGGUGGCGCCGCAAUCCACCAGACCCGCUCUCUGGGUGGCAGGCACUCUGCCAGGACGACGUCCUCUGCGGCAGGCAGGCCCGGCAGGCCAGGCGCCAAGAGGUCGGCAGCAGGUGGGCACACUGCUCAGGCCGCUGGUGGACAGGCCCUCCAGGGCCUGCUUGGAGGCAACGGCAGCGGCGGCGGCAACGGGCUCUCCUUGCCACUGCACGCGACGGGGAGGGCACCCCUCAAGCCUCAGGCCGAGCCCGCGCCCACGGGCCUCCUCGUGGCGGGCCCGAGCCGCUCCGCACACGGCCUCGGGGCCCGGAACCGCGGCAUGGCGCCCGCCGCCUCGGAGCCGGCGCUGCCUCCCGCCGAGCGGGAGCGGCUGCCAGGUGCCACAGGGCCGAUGGCCCCCUCGCCGAGCCUUCCCUCGGUCUGGUCCGCCGCCCAUGGGCCCAGGGAAGGCUUCGGCCGAGGCGUGGCAGCGAGCUCCCGGCAGCUGGCGGCGACCGCGCCCAACUUUGCGCCGCAGCCGAGCCCGGAGUCCCCGCCUGGCCCCGGCCAGCCGGCGCCCGCCUCGUCGCCCGCCGCGAGGCUGGUGGAGGGCGCGGAGCAGCAGGGCGGGCCCCCUCUCCCGCAGGGUAACGUCAUCGCGGCGGCGGCCUCGGAGUACAACCGCCGCUGGAGGAUGCUCGCGGAUGCGGGUCCCCGCUCCGGUCGCGCGCACAAGGUGUCCUCGCUAGCGAGUGCCGUGGACCAGGCCCGUGCCGGGGUGGCGUGGACCUCCGGGCACGCUUCCUUCGGCGGCGGCGGGGGCGGGGACCUCCUCCGCCGGGUGGGCAAAAGGCUGAGCACGGCUGGCGCGAAGGCCGACCACUUGGGCAGCAUCUCGGACAGCGACCCUCUGACGAUGGGGCACGUGGGUUCGGGCACCGAUGCAAUGAAAAAGCUUCGCAAGAUCGGCAUGCUUGGUAUGGCGGGGGCGAGGGUAAAGAGCAAGGAUGCCAGCGAACUGGACGACGUCACGCAGUUGUCGCAUUGGGGCCAGGCUCGCCUGGAGGUGCUCGAGCGGAUGAAAACAGCACCGAAGGCGCGGCUCGCUUCUCUAAAGGCGAGGGCAGACUUGUACGCUCACCUUCACGAGAAGCAGACGCCGCGGGGGUACGCGGCCCUCGCCGAGGCGCUGGAGUUCAAGCUGGGCAGCCUGAAGAAGGCUUUCAGAUAUUUCGACUUCAAUAAGAACGGGGACCUCAGUUUCAUGGAGUUUAGCGGCGGCAUGAGUAUGUGCGGCCUGGACCUCACUGUGCUUUGUGGCAAGGACGCGGCGGAGAUUUUCACGGCUAUUGACGUUGCGCCGUGCGACGGCUCCAUCCAGCUCCAGGAGCUGCUCAACCUGCACAACCUCCGAGACCCCACCCCAACAGAGCAGGAGGCCCCGACCUCCGCAGGCGGGGACGCCUCGUCGGAUCACAGGCGACGCAUCGGUGCGCUGAAGGCGGCCACAGGCAUGUUCCGCAACCGGCUUCGCCAACCGCUCGGCUUCGCCAACCUCGAGAUGGACGCCGAGGGUGCCGCAGAGGUGGUUGGAUCUCCUGACCUUGCGGACGAGGCCUUCCCUCGUGUGCCUGAGAUCCAUGCUUCUCGGAAGUGGUGCGCGAUCGCGAGCUGGAUGGCGGCAGCCAGCCUGCACAGCGCGGCCGUAAAGGAGCAGCGCAUCGCAGCGGGCUGGUCGCUGCCACCGGCCGCAGCCACACCCGAAAAGCCCAGCGCCGGCGCUGAGGACUCGGAGGCCUGGGGCGCCGAGGCGCCGGCCCCCACCUCCGCCGGCGGCCUGCGGAGUGGCGGGCGGCCUUCCGGCAGCCCCGCGGACGCGGCGCAUUCCGCAGGACGGUCCGCCCAACCCAGCUGCGCCAGCACCGACAGCGCGGGGGGUUCGCCUGGACCCGGGGUGCCUCUUGGGCGCGGCGCAGGCACAGGCGCCGGCGCUGGAGCCAGCGCAAGCGAAUCAGCCCAGCACGGCCAAGAUGGCGAUGUGGGGAGCGCCGCCAUCGGUGACGGAAGCGCCGCCGCAGACGGCGCAGGCACGGGCGUUGCACCAGGUGGCGGUGGAGGCGCAGCUGGCGCUGGAGGCGCAGGUGUGGCAGGAGUUGGCGCAGACUUUGCCAUUGCCAACGGAGGUGCGGGCAGCCAGGCCGCAGGGGAAGGAGUGGCUCGCGGCGCAGCAGAUGCGGGAGCACCGAGCAGCGCCGACGGCGUUGCCGACGCUGGCGCCGGUGCUGGCGCCGAGCCCAACGCCUCGGGCACCGCAAUGGACAGCCCAAGUGCAGGCGGUGGAGGCCCGGGGCGCGGCCACGGAGCGGGCGGCGACAUGGGCGGGACUGCCGCAGGGCCCUCCCAGGGCCCAACCGCCGCUGGCCGCAGCUGCGAGAGCGGCGCGAGGGUGGGGGGCAGCGCGCACUCCCGCGGCAGUGCCGGCAGUGGCAGACCCAGCCCAGCCCCGCAGUUCCCCGCGCCGUUGGGGCCGCUGGGAGUACCAAUGUGGGAGGGCGCGUACGUCGGAAGAACGCUGAGCGCGGAGGAGCUCGCGGCAGAGGGCGCCGCGGGGAUGAAGGAGCAGGAGGGCGCGCUGCAGGAGGUGUUUAACAUGCUGUGCAGCAUCAAGGCUAGGGAUGGUACCAAGCUGAUGAACCGGCCAGAUCUGCACCGUUUCUUCAAAGACUUGGAGCAGGUGGACCAAUCUCGAUCCCACCGCGUCUCCUCGGUGAAGCUUGACAAGCUGUACGAGGAGGCAAUCGAAUUGCAGAGGGACCUCCGAGGCCAAUCGAAGGGACUGACCUUCAUGUCGUUCAAGGUCCUGCUUAACAACGCAAUCAAGGUGCUGGGCCUCGGCUGGUUCGGCCUCGUCGAGCUGGCCGUGGGGCGUAACGACAGCACCUCGGCCUCUGGUGACCAGGUCACCACGUCGGCGUUCGACAGCCACGCGACAAGCAACCGAUGAUCUCGUUGAGUACUGGCGUCAACUGGUGGUAGGAGGAUGUUUGGCCAAGCUACAUCCAGCCGCUGCCCUUUUGAAUAUGACGCCGCUUGUUUCAUUCAAUAUUUCCUCAAUAUGUGAUUCCACGAGGCUCGCCGCCAUGACACUGGCACUGGCGGCGACAUUAUAAUUAUACUUUUCUCUGCCUACCCUGUGCCUAUCUUUGCUGCAGAUAGGUGUUGUUAGGGCUGGGUUGGGCGGGCCAGCGCCAGCUUCCCCUCUCCUCCUCCUCCUUCUCCUCCUCGUCCUUCCUCGUUCUCCCGCUCGUCGUCGCCGUCGCCG